AUGACCACCUUUACAACUAGAUCUCUUAGCAACCAGAUGCUAUGUUUAGUGUUAAUUUUAAUUUCAACUCUUUGUGUUGAAUCACAAAUUAGUUAUGAUUUCAAUUUACCAUCAUUGCUGACAACAGAAGUUUACAAUAUACCAAUGUACAAGGUUCAAUAUUUCCCCGAUGUCCCAGGAUCACCCGUUACCUAUUAUCCAGCACCCGAUCAAGCCAGUCCAUAUUUUAUGACGCAGAGAAUCUUUACAUUGAAUACCAAUGGAAGCAGAUUUGAAAACAAUCUCAUUAACAGUCAUUACACUCCACCCUUUGACAAGACUCCUCUUGGUGUCCUUGAAAGUAUCUUGGUCAUUGUCCCAGAAGGUAUGGUUCUCUAUUUGGGAACGUUUAGCCACAAGUGUACUUUGGUUGUCCGUGGCAAAUUGAUUGUCAUCCCCAACGAAAACGUAGAUCUUGUACUCUGGAACGUCGUUUUGCACCCAACUAGUUCCUUUAUCUCUCGUCCCGAUGCCAAUGUCAGACAUAACAUUACUCUGCUCUCGAAUCGUUAUGGUGAAGGCUCGUCAGCAAAUUUUAAUGAUAUGAGUGUAGAUCCCUAUGGUGCUGGUUUCCUCUGUUUGGGAUGUACUAUUGAUGUAAAAGGCAAGCAAGCACCAGCAUGGAUCGGUAUUCAUGGUGACACCUACACCAAUGUCUCUGCUCCACUGAUGGACUUUAUCGACUCGACCGGCUAUGUUGACAACACUCCAUUGAUCAGAAUCAACAAAUCCGCGGACGGUAACGUCAUCCUUCUUGAUGGUCUUUCUACAGUUCGCGAGUCAACAGGUGUCAUUGAUCGUGUAACCGACCCAAGCAAACCAAAAAUAACCAUCGCCUCGUCGAGAAGCUCUGGCUAUGUCAAUAUUUAUCCCUUUGGAAAGAAUGUCAUCUUUUCAUCAAACACUCGUUCCUCGAUUGUCAUUACCGGUCCUGCCAAGGUCACCUUUGACGGUGCCAUCUUUAGAGGACUCGGUUGGACCACCAAUGCACCGCUCAAUAAUACUAGUUUGAGAAAUGGAUCUCCUGGAUCCAUCUACGUUUUUGUGCCCAAGAUUGGUAGAAACCAAGACGAUCGUCAUGCCAUCAACUUGCUCCACGUUCUCAACCCAGUCAUCAUCAACAAUUGUAUUUUUGACGACAAUGGAACAAGUCUUUCUAGAUUCCAAAUUAUGGCAAAGAGAUCGUUUGGAAAGAUCACCAACAAUGCCUUCCUCUUUAAAGGACACCAAACCUCUGGUAUCGGUCUCUUGUAUGGUACCGAAAACUUUGACAUUCAAAACAAUGGUUUCAUCUCUACUUGGAACCAAACCAACUUUGCCAACGAAGUCUGGGCCGUUCCAGUUAGAAAUACAUCCUAUCCAGAUAUUGGCUGUAUCAAUUGUGGUAUCUACUCUACUUCUCCAUUCUUGGGUGACAUUAGAAACAAUGUCUUUGAAGGUGGUUUCUUAAACGGUGCCAUCAACUUGGCACCCGUCCAAAAUCGUGUUGCCCUCGCCAACCUCCAAACCGAUCAACUCAUUGGAAACUUUUCCGGCAAGGUACAAAACAAUGCCAACAGCUUUGAGUGCAACUCUGCAUGGCAACCACUCCUUUCUUCGGGAUUCUAUGGCAACUACUUUACCUUUUACUCUGACGUCAAGAUUGAAUAUCCCAUGUCGGCACAGCCAUCGCUCUUUUUCAGACAAUACAACAGUUACUUCUUCCGUAUGAUUAACACCUUGGCCGCCAAUGCCCCAGCUCGCAACGUUCACUAUGAAUAUGAAUUGUGUUUGAUCUCUACGUCGAUCGAUAUCCUCUCCUAUUAUAAUGGAAGAUUCGCUUACUUUUUUGCCGGCUCAUUCAAGGGCUUGUCUCUCAAGGGUAUGGUCGUGAACAAGGUUUCCUUCCUCUUCCAAUACAUCCAAGAUAUCCAAUACUUUUCAAUGGAAAACACCGUCAUCCAAGCCGAGUUCAAACCCAUCAAGUUUAUCGAUUCAUCCCAAGAGAGAUACUUUAAAAACACUACCAUCACCUCGGCCGAUUAUGUCCAAGGCAGCGCCAUCAGAGUCGAAUACAAUGACCCACAAACCCUUUUCACUGACAACCCUUCGUUCGACUUGAGCCAAACCUUUACCAUCGACCCACCAUUUGUCUUGAACUAUAACCUCAACCGUUCAAUCUUUAUCAACGAGCAAUUGUUCAAGGUAGACAAUGGUUCAACCGCAAACAUUACCUCGGCCCUUGACACUAUCACCUUUCCAUCGACUCCAGGCUUCCACCGUCUAUUGUCUGCCAACAAUAACAACAGAAAAGGAUUAAUCACCAAUCUCUCACCACAAACUUGGAUGUCUGCCGCCACCACCGUCGAAGUUGCCAUUAAAACCAGCAACUUUUACCUCGGUAUCGAUUUCACUGGCAACGUUUCUACUCGUCGUGUACCAGCCACUGGCUUUGGCGGUGAAUGGACCAAGUGUCAAUACAUCAACACUACCUGCAGUGUAUCUGGUGGUCAAUAUGGUCAAUUCGGUUCGUUCCCAGCUUCGAUGACCGACGAUUACACCAAGCUCCCCGCCAAGACCGAGUCGCAGUUAACUAUUCUUAAUGACUACUACAUUGGUGGUGCCAGCAGUACCCCAUCCGUCACUUUGACCCUUCCAACAGGUGAAUUCUACUUUGUCCUCUACUUUUCCAACCCAGUCGUCCCAGGCUCCACCAAGUUUGACAAUUCUAGAUUGUACUUCCAAGUUCGUAUCGAUGGAUCUCUCCAACGUUCUCCACUCAUCUACCAAGCUGCCCCAUCCCUUAACUAUCUAUCCACCAAAAAGUACUACUACACCAACACUCAAAGCACUCCACAAAAUGUCGUCAUUGAAUGGGGUUUCACCGGUGUCGAUGUUGCACUCUCUGGUGUUGCUGUCUAUUCUAAUAUUGCUACUCCAAUGGUCAUUCCAUUUGAUCCAGCUCCAACCGUUCUCCCAUCUACCACCACCACUACCACCGGUGUCCCAGCCACAACCGCCACCACCGAUCCCUCGACUAGCAAUACCUCGGCCGCCCCUACCACCACCGCUGCACCAACCACUACCACUACUACUACCACCACUACUGGUGUUUCUGGUGGCACCACCACUGGUGAAAGUCAAGCAAGCACUACUACAACCACCACUUCGACUCAUACCUCUGGUCAUUCUUCGGCUUCAACCGUUACUCUCAGUUCCAUUCUUUUCAUCUCUUCAAUCCUUUUCACAAUUAUUUUCUAA